AUGUUCAACUGGGUUCAGCAGCAGAUCGCCAAUGUCGCCGGCACGCAAGAGCCCAUCUACGGCCCUUCCGCCAUCCGAUCGGUGGCUGAAGAAGCCAAAGAGACUCCCUACACCGAAAUCGGCCGCGACGAUCUGAAGUGGCAAGAGAUGGAAUGGACCAACGUCGAGACGCAGACCUUUUACUUCUUCUCCGACGAGGGCAGACUCGGAAUGGCGCAGGUUAUUUACAGCAACGUUGCCGGCAUCCGCAAGACGUGCCAGUUCAACUCGAAAAUAUUUUCACUCGACGAAUCGAAGCCUCACCUGUGGUCAUCCACGCCGCUCAACAACUUUGAAGUCAGCGAGGACAAGGCGUCCUUUUACGCCGACGACUGCGCGCUCGAGCUGUCCGAGGACGGCAACUCGUAUACCAUCAAGAGCCUCAACGACCAGCGCGCCAUUGUCAACAUCAAAGUCACCAAGACGGGGCAGGGCUUCCAGGGCGGCAAGACGGGCACCAGCAGCUACGGCACCGAUCCCAAAGAGCCAUGGGGCUGGAUGCGCCACGCCUUUUGGCCGCGCUGUGCCGUCGAGGGCACCAUCACCACCGAGGAGGGCCCUAUUGACUUCAAGGGCCGUGGACUCUACAGCUACGCCCUCAUGGGCAUGAAGCCGCACCACGCCGCCGCUCGCUGGAGCUUCCUCAACUUCCAGGGCCCCAAUCACUCGGCCAUCAUGAUGCAGUUCAUCACCCCGCCCUCGUAUGGCUGCACCGUCGUCAACGUCGGCGGCGUCGCGGCCGACAGCGGCAUUGUCGGCGCAGGCUGCGACAACACCGUCACGCACACGGCCGUCGAGGCCGACCCGGAGAGCGGCUGGCCCGCCCCCACCAACGUCACAUUUGCCUGGAGCGUCAAGGACAAGGACGGCAACCCGGUCGAGGCCGAGGUUGACGCCGCGCUGGGAAAGCGUCUGGACCGUGUUGACGUCAUGGCCGAGGUCCCCGCGUUUGUCAAGCGCAUUGUCGCUGGUGCUGUUGGAACCAAGCCCUACAUCUACCAGUACGGCGGCAAGGCUACGCUGAAGCUCAAGGUUGGUGGCAAGGAAAUUACCGAGGAGGGUCAGAUCUUCAGCGAGGCCACCUUCAUCUCGGACCUCGAGACACCAUCCGAGUAA